UAUAAUAUUUAAAUUGGUUGAUAUUUGUUUUCAAACAUGGAGAAUGUGUCCGUCUCUGGAGGUGCUCCCCCAGUCUGCAAUUACUCUGUGGAUUUCUACUCCCUGACUUCCGGAAACAGCACUGACCUGAACUGUACCCUUCCUCCUGAGAUUUACUUCUACGCUGACCUCUACGUCAUUUUACCGGUCAUCUACUCUGUGAUCUGCGCAGUGGGACUGACAGGCAACACGGCCGUCAUCUACGUGAUCCUCAAAGCACCCAAGAUGAAAACAGUGACCAAUAUGUUCAUACUGAACUUGGCCAUCGCUGAUGAUUUGUUCACUUUGGUGUUGCCAAUCAACAUAGCCGAACACUUGCUGCACUACUGGCCUUUUGGCGACGUUUUGUGCAAAGUCAUCCUCAGCAUAGACCACUACAACAUUUUCUCCAGUAUCUACUUCCUGACUGUCAUGAGCAUUGACCGCUACCUGGUUGUCUUGGCCACUGUGAGGUCCAAACGCAUGCCUUACCGCACCUACCGAGCAGCCAAGAUCAUCUCGCUAUGUGUCUGGAUCCUUGUUAUCCUCAUCGUCAUGCCUUUCACUGUGUUCGCCGGCGUCUUCGUCAACCCAGAUGAUGAGAGGAAGAGCUGCGUGCUCAGCUUCCCUAGCCCCGAGAGUUUCUGGUUCAAAGCGAGCCGGAUCUACACACUCAUCUUGGGCUUUGCCAUUCCGGUUUCAACCAUCUGCAUCUUAUACACCAUGAUGCUCUACAAGCUGAGGAACAUGCGGCUCAACAGCAAUGCCAAAGCGCUGGACAAAGCCAAGAAGAAAGUGACCAUCAUGGUGUUUAUCGUCUUGGCCGUGUGCUUGUUCUGCUGGACGCCUUUCCACCUCAGCACCAUUGUGGCUCUGACGACAGACCUGAGGACCACGCCGCUCCUGAUCGGGAUCUCCUACUUCAUAACCAGCCUGAGCUACGCCAACUCCUGCCUCAACCCGUUCCUCUACGCCUUCCUGGACGACAGCUUCAGGAAAGCCUUCAAAAAAAUGUUGGAAUGUAGACCGGCCUGAAUGUACCAUAGUGUGACAAAUGAAACCUGUUGCAGAGGUCUGCAGAGACUUGCUGAGUGAGGACUGACUGUGAUGGAAAACCUGAUGGCAAAGAAUUAGGUUCAAAUCUAAAUUCACAAUGUCUGUUUCUCGCAGAUUUGAACUGUUUGGUUUGUCAAAGCUGCACUAGGCAAAUAUGCACUUUGUUUGCACAUGAUAGCAACAGGUAGCUAUCUUUCUUUUGGCUCACGUAUCCUUGAUCUAGAGAAAAAACAUGCCUAUUAACCGCACACAACAUCCUUAAUAUGACACACGUCUUCAAAUGGUUUAAACUACAGUAAAGCAUAGGAAAUUACUUUAAAUUCAUCACUUAAUGUGGGCGGAGGUGAUCUCGGGCCAGUCAAUCUAAAUCACCGGAUGAGACAGGAAGAUUUGUCCGCUUUUUGUUUUGUUGUUACAGAAUUUGCCUCGUGCAGCCUUUUAUGGCUCUGGGAGCACAGUGUAAGACACACACAUGUAACUUUAUAGAAAUGGGCAAUAUUGUUUGCAAUAAGGAAUGUUUGACAUCCAAACAAUUGCAUUAAAAAACAACUUGUUUGUUGUGCUGUAACUAUGAGCUGAACUACCCACUGUCAUUGUCUGCAGGACUGGUCAUUAAUUCUGAUCCUUUUACAGUUCAAAACUGCAAUUAUGUCAGACAUUUGCCAUGAGAAUAUACAAAUGUAAUUAUGAGGCAGCAAGCCAAGACGUGCAUCUACAAACAGUCGUGACCUUCACUGAACUUCAACCCAACUGAGGACUCAGGAUCGCCUCUGAUGGACGGAACAUCUGCUGUGUGGAGAAAAUACAGUUCAACACAGUGUCAUUGAUUUGCAUGCUGUCAAUCAAAUCAACUUCAUGAGAAUAUUCAGGGUUGGGGGGUACCAGGUUGCAUGUCAGGCCAAUAUUAUCCAUUGCAAAACCUGGAGGGAAAAUAGUUUAUCAUAAACAUAAGGAAGUAUUGAGAAAGAUUGUGGGAUCAUGAAUGCAAAAACGUAAUCUGCCUUUAAUUAUGCUUGGUUUUGAGUUAUAUGAAAGCAACUAAAUGAUUAUUAUUAUUAUUAUUAUUAUUAUUAUUAUUAUUAUUAUUAUUAAUAAUUUUGUAAAUUACUUAAGGCUUUGAGAGUUCUUAACCAUGUGUACAAUAAUCAAGGAUCCAUUUGCAAAAUAUGAGAUGGACAAUGACAUUGGACUCUUUAAAUGAUGGCACUGCUUGUACGAAAAAGUAAAUCAUGUAUAUGAACCACCUAAAAGUUAAAAAAAGUACCUUUACCAACCCUGACCACAUUACUGUAGGCCUGAUAUUAGGCAGGCACGGGACAGGAGGGCUAUGUAAAAUAUAAUCUGUUCUUUCUCAUCACAUCUUCAUUUUUUGUGAGCUUUGGUCGCCCCCUGUAGUCGACAGGGUUGUGUUACGUGAAAAUACAGCCAGGCCCUUUUAUAGAGUGUGUUGCAAAAAUGCCAUUGAGGGGAGUCACAAGUUUCACACGGCUUGUGUCAGGGUCUGUGAGGUUCAUUUAUAGUUUGUCCUUCUCUUGUUGGAUAACAUCUGCAAUACGACGAUAUUCACAAUCAACCAUUUAUUAUCCAUCUCCUUCUAGCGUUCCUGUGUCACAGUUAAGAGUUUAGUUUGCACAUUUAAAAGCAUGAAGACAUGGAAACAUGAUGAUGAUUUACUAUGUAAAAUCACAACACCAAUACAAGAUUAUACAUGUAUGUACUUUGAAUAGAAUUCAGCAAAAAUAAUCACGUUUUUAAUUCUUCAACACCAUUGUUUAACAUAAUAUAAAGACAUCUAUAACACAUGCAUAUGGUUGAUUUGGGUUGCUUGCAAUGCUUAAUUGCAUGUACUCACUGCGUUUUUGAUUUGUAAUGAUUUAAACGUGUUGUUCAUCAUGUAAUGUGUUUCGAGCUUUCUCCACGCGCUUCAAAGUUGAACAUAACAUAAUUGCCUGUUCAAAUUUACAGGAAGAUUACAAAGCAUCUUCAGACCUUUGAGAAGUAAAACAAUGUUCUGGACAAGAACAUAUUUAGAUCACUUGCCUAAAAGAAUGAUUGAUUAGUAAGAUAUAGUAUAAUAAACACAUAUUUCUCAUUGACUUCAGCUAAAAGGAAAGCUUGUAGAAUGUAACAAACAUGCAACAUCCUGCUUACAUUCAACCAUGUAAACCCUUGAUUUCUACUUCAAUAUUACCAAACAUUAUUAAAUAAAAGGAUUAUAAAUGUAAGCACUUUAACACACGUCUCCAAAAUUACCCCAUACUUUUCGUAUCAUUUCUGUUUUGAUGAUUGUGAAAACACAAGUCUGUAAAGAAUGAGCAACAGAGUUUAAGAUAUUACUUUGAGAGGUCAUUUAUCCUGCAUUAAACUUCUGUUAGAGUUGUUACAAACCAAGCAAACAUCACAAGCUUGCAGCAGCAGCAACUUCUCCGUACUGUGUGUCCUGCUGUAAAUAGUUAUUUUUAUCACAAAUGAAUUGUACAGUCAUAGAAAUGUAAAGUCAAAUAUUCCUAUUCUUCAAAAACGUGUGUAACACAAAUGAGAAAUAAAUGAAAUUGAGUUGAAGAUCCUGAAUUAUUGUAUUUUAUGC